AUGUCUGCCAGCCCCGAACCGAAACCGGACACCGUCGCAGACCCCCACGUGGAGGCCGACCAGUCUGAAGAGCCGGCUCAGGCCCCGACUCCUGGCGCCGGGGACGAAGACGAAGGACAAGGGGAGACGCCCGCCGUGGCGGCCGAAUCUCAAUCCCCAGCCGCAAAUGACGACGAACAAGCCGCUGAAGGAAACGAAGAUGAAGAGAAAGGCGAUGGAGAGUCAGACGAUGAAUCCAUAUUGUCGGAAGUUGACGAAGCGCAGUUCGAAGACUUCGAUCCCGAGAACGUCGAUAUCGAGGAUCGGCCUCAGUUGGCUAUUGACGAGGAUAACUUGAAGUUGAUUGGUCGGCAUAAGCGCAAGCGCACGGGUGAUGAAGCCGAUGGCGAGCGAUCGCAACGGAAGCGUGAAGGCAGACGGGAGAAGAAGAGCCGGCGCAUGAGAGAAUUGGAGGAUGCGGGUAGUGAUGACGAGGGUCGGUCGCGCAAGAAGGAUCGCAAGAAGAGAAGAGAGGCGACGCCAGAAGAUGAGGAAUUGCUGGAUCCUGAAACGCGUCGUCGUCGGGCGCUUGACCGUGCUAUGGAUGAAGCUCUGAAGAAACCCACGAAGAGACGGUUCCGCAAGGCGGAUGGAAUUGAUUUGGAACAAAUGGCCGAUGCCGAGAUCGAAGAUAUGCGCAAGCGCAUGACCCAUGCGGCUCAGAUGGAUGCGAUCAACCGCCGGGAAGGCAAGCCCGCCAUGCACAAGCUCAAGAUGCUGCCAGAAGUGGUCUCGUUGCUCAACCGGAACCAAUAUGUGAACAGCUUGGUGGAUCCGGAAAUCAACCUGCUUGAAGCCGUCAAGUUCUUCCUGGAGCCACUGGAUGAUGGCUCGCUGCCGGCAUACAAUAUCCAGCGGGAUCUCAUGACCUCGUUAUCCAAGCUCCCGAUCAACAAGGAGGCCCUGAUCGCCAGCGGUAUCGGUAAGGUGAUUGUGUUCUACACCAGGAGCAAGCGCCCCGAGCCCGGCAUCAAGCGCAUGGCAGAGCGUCUUCUUGCCGAGUGGACGCGCCCGAUUCUCCAGCGCAGUGAUGACUAUUCCAAGCGGGUCUACCAAGAGGCCGAAUUCGAUCCUCGGAAACUUGCUACACGCCCCGCGGCAUCGGCACAGGUCACAGCGGCGGAAGCUCGGGCUCGAGAACUGCUUCCGCCUCGUCUGGCCAACCGUGCGCGCGCAGACAUGACUCAUACCAGCUACACCGUGGUUCCUCGACCGACUGUCGUGCAGGAGAGCAAAUUCGCCCGUCCGUUGGGUGCCAGCGGAGAAGAUCGAUUCCGACGCAUGCGGGCGCGACAGAUUGCAGCGCAGAAGGGAUCGCGCAAAUAG